UGAGGGGACGGGUAUUGGGGACUAAGUGCUGCAAACUGGAAAUAUGUGAAGAGUUAUGAGACUCAGGAGCCCCUGCAGCACAGGGUAAGUCCAUGUUUUCCCAAUGCCUGUGCCAGACCAUGUUGAAUGCUUUGCUGCUGAGCUGGGCCAUGCUGCAGGGAUUGUCUACCACCUUGGGUACCCAGCCCACUCAGCAAUACCCAGAGGCCAUCGUCUCCAGACUGAGUAGGUCAAGUCAGGCUCUGUACCCUGGGCUCUUGCACUCAGCCCCUGCCGCCUCUCUGGGACUUUCAGGCCCCGGUAUACAGCCAGAACUGGAGCAGAUGGCAUCAAAGCUGGCAGAAGAAUCCCUCAUGCAAGACACUGAGGCUCUGGCACCCAGGAUGCCGGGUCCGAUGAGCCGCGAAGAUCGCUCCCCGCGCCGCUGUGUUCGCCUCCUUGAGUCCUGCCUGGGUCACCAGGUUCCCUGCUGCGACCCGUGCGCCACCUGUUACUGCCGCUUCUUUAACGCCUUCUGCUACUGCCGCAAGAUCAGCACCAACUACCCUUGUAGCCACAAUUAGCUGGGCUAGGCUGAGGGACAGAGGGAAGCCAAAUAUGUACAAGCACCAAUAAAGGCUCCCUAGAGCAAAGCUGGAAACCCGUGGCUAUGCCGCUUUUUCUUAAUUCAGGAUCCAGGGGUUCUGGCCAAAACAAGAUCAAACUUUGCGCUCAGGCCUGUAGCUCGGGAACUCUGGCCGCAGAGGCAGGGCGCUGACUUGAGCUUUUCCGAUUGGCAAACAGGACUGGGGAUGGGUAGAUGGGGAACAGGCACUAUCUCAGCUGGGGGCAACCUUCCUGAAACAGA